AGCAGGUGGCGGGAGUGUUCAGCUGCACAGGAAGGAUUCACUUUAUGAAUGAACUGCUGGAUGUCCGAGCGGAAGAGACUUUAUAUUUCAUACUCAGCAAAAUGAUGUGCCUGGUUUGGAUAUAACUGGUAAUCAUAACGAAAUAUGUCAUGUUUUGGGAUUAAAAACUAGAAGUGGCUGGAUAUGGUUGUGAGGCCAUGAUAAGACACGGAGAUGCUAACGGUGUCACUGCAGUACAAGCUAGCUGAAGCUAACAGUAAGUGUGUUAUUAUGAAGAGUGAGAGCUAACUACGUGCUGAAAGAUGAUUAAAAGAGGAGAAAGGUAAAAUACCAGUGUGAAGUGUACAUGGAGGCGGUGAGGAUGAAUGAGGUUCACCCACUGACCCAGCAGGUUCGGUCCAGGUUGACAGAGGAAGAAGGAGCCAUGAAAGACGCAGGCAGGGCAGAGUGUGGAGGCAAGGCUCUGUUUGAGGACCUGGACUUCCCCUCUGACGACACAUCUCUGUUCUCUGACAGCUCCACGCCCAUCGCCAGGCUGCAAGGAGGAAUUACCUGGCGACGCCCACAGGAGAUCUGCCAGUCGCCAGCUCUUUUCCCUGACAACAUCACCCUUGGUCAUGCAAAACAAGGCUUAUUAGGAGACUGCUGGUUUCUCUGCGCCUGCACCUUCUUGCUCAAGAACAAACAUCUAUUGAACAAGGUGUUGCCUCCAGACCAGCCCCAGUGGGGGGACAGCAGGUACAGGGGCUCCUUCCAGUUUUGUUUUUGGAUGCAGGGACACUGGACAGAGGUGACCAUCGACGACCGCUUACCCUGCAUCAAUUUCACUCCCUGCUUCUCACGCUGCCACUCCCCCACUGCCUUCUGGGUAGCCCUUUUGGAGAAGGCCUAUGCCAAGCUUUACGGCUCAUAUGAGCGACUGUGGGCAGGGCAGGUUUCUGAGGCCCUGGUGGAUUUGACCGGGGGCCUGGCAGAGCGCUGGAGCUUGGGAGAGUCAGAGGAGGAGCAGAGACCAGAACAGGACAGUGACCAGGUUAGGAGGAGAAGGCUGGAUCUGAACCUUCUGUGUCCAGUGAAAGACGAGUGUGCGGUCAGCUGCUCCACUCACAGCAGCCCCGGAGGUGCCAGUGAGCUGGGUCAGUACCAUGCGCUGACUGUCAUGGAGUGGUUGGAUGUGAAGAUGGUGUCAGGGAACACAGAGCUGCUGAUCCGGAUCAGAAACCCCUGGGGAAGAUGCUGCUGGGGAGGGGCCUGGAUUGGGAGUGGUGCUGGUUGGAGUUCUGUUGACCCUGUUUCUGCUUUGGACUUACAAGCCAGGGCGGCCGAAGGCGAGUUCUGGUUGGAUGAGUCCGAAUUCUUGUCCCACUUUGAUGAUGUCACAGUGGGCUACCCCAUCAGUGAUGAGGGGCACUUGAAGAGCAUCUAUACUGGAAAUCUGCUGACACACAACCACCAGCUGGCUGGCCGGUGGAUGAAAGGGCACUCCGCUGGUGGCAGCCGAAACAGCAGCAGCUACGGCAGCAACCCAAAGUUUUGGCUCAAAGUGUGUGAGAGAGGAGAGGUGCUGGUGUCGCUGCUGCAGCAUAGAAAAUGGAGAAACACGGAGAAUUUCGCACAAACGCCACUCGAGGAUAGCAAGAACACAACGCACCAGCACUACCAGGCUAUCGCUCUACAUAUGUGGAAGGUGGAGAAAAGGCGUUUUAAUCUAAGCCGGAUGUUGAACAAACCUCCUUGUGCUUCUACUCACUGCCACGCCUACGAGAGAGAGGUGGUUCUCCAUGAGCAGCUGGAGCCUGGAUACUACCUGCUGAUCCCCAGCACCUACCAGCCAGGAGCUGAGGCCCGCUUCCUCAUCAGGGCCUUUUCCUGCUCUCCCACAUCCCUCAGUGCCCUGAAAAGCCCAGCACCUUCACUGCCAUUGACAACAAAUGCAGAGUGGGAGACCAGUUACUUCCAGGGCUCGUGGGUUGAGGGAAGGACAGCCGGAGGAAGCAGGAACUUCCUGUCUCACUGGCAGAACCCCUGCUUCCCUUUUACAGUGUGUGACGAGUUAGCAGUGACAUCAGGAGUUAAUAUCAAGAUUAACCUGCACCAGAACCGCCCUGAUACUGACAUGCACCCUAUCGGAUUUCACAUUUAUAAGUUCCCAGAAGGGGAAGAGCAGACAUUACCCAGGGACGAGGAUCCUGCAGCCAGUUGUGUCCCUCACUGCUACACCCAGGAUGUCAGUCUGGCCUGCUGUCUUUCUCCUGGAGCUUACACCAUAGUGCCAUCCACGUAUCAGCCUGACUGCUCAGCAAACUUCACCCUCAGCCUGGCUCGCAGAAUACACAGGAAAGUGGUGAAAAGCCAGGAGAGGCUGGGAAGAGCCAUUCAGGAGAUCUCUCACAUCUCUGUGAUGCAAAGCUAGUUCUCUGGGACUGUUGCUGCUCCACUGACAUCGACUCACCUCCCGGUGCCUCUUGGCCCAUGAUGAAAGAACAAGUUCUCCCAUCCACCCUCACCAUGGAGGCUGUGUGUGUGUGCAUGUAUGUGUACCACCAGUGGCUGAGAAGGCAGGCAGGCAGAUUGAGUGGGAAUCUGUGUGUUGGGAAUCCUAGAAACCCCUUUAUCCUGAACCGCUGAGGCUCAGUGCUGAUGGGCAGCCACACACUCAUCAGCGAUUAGGACAUCAGAGGUUGUCGGUGGGCAGGGCUGCUAAUGAAGUAUGACGGGACUGGCUGGUGUAAACAAACAGCCGCCAUUGAAGAGGGCCGCCGCUGCUCUUGCUCAUUCACUCACUGGUGCGCCUGCCGGCCCAGAACAAAGGGCCCUCUCAUGAAGGUCCUCACAGAGGCACAGGGGGCGAGGGGAUGGUCUCCGACAGCAGAGCCAACCAAACCACACCACACCAUACCGUGCCAUACCAUGCCAGAGCUUUCCUCCCAUCCCUCACUCACAGACACCCUGCUCCUUACCUAGCUUGCAUUGUUUGUCCCUAGCCCCAGACACAAGAUUUUCUCAGUACCUUAUCCCCAACAUGCUCACCAUCCGGACUAACACUAAAAUCAGGCUGGACCUAAAGAAGUCCACUUUGUUCCUGACUCCAUCCUCACCCCCCAGCUCCCUUUUUGUCCCCCCAGACUCGGUCCACAGCUCUGCCUGGACCUGAACAGAGCCGCGGUUUGAAGUUGCCGCAAGAACAGAUGACAAGCAGACGGAUGGAAGGGAUGAAACGAAGGAUGCGGCACAUCAGAGGAGGCCGGUUCAAAUAAAGAAGCCGACAGUCCUUUUUGUGUUGAGGCUGCGUAUGUGUGGUGGUGUGUGUCUGCCUGCUCGUAGCUAUGUCUGUGUGUCGAAGUCACAGGGUUUCUGAUUAUUAAUUGGAGCCAGUGCAGUGUUAACAGAAACAUUUUACAACGCUAUAAUUAACUGAUUAGAGGGGUAGUGUGCUGUGUAUUUAUUAUGUUUGGGAGUGAGAUGUGAUGAAUAAAAUGUUAAAACAUAACUCGGUGCUGAU